AUGCCUAUUGUGACUGAUCCGCCCUUGGCGAUCACUGAUGGCGUGUUACAGCCGCGCAAAAGAGCCUCUGGCCGGGCAAAAGCGGUCAGAUCUUGGAAGCGGGCAUGUGCCCUGGAAGAUUGGUCGGACUCCGACCAGAGUGAAGAGGAAGAGAUUUCCGACACCCCUGACUACGCCUCCUAUGAUGAGGCGGGGUCCGAGGCAGAGGGACCUUUUGAUUUUAAAGCCCAGGAGGAUCUGACCUCCACGGCGCUUGGGUCGGACGCUACUCCGGGGGGCCCAGGGGCGGGUCUACGGGACCCACAGGGCAGACCCCUGUUCGACCUGGAAGGCUUGCGCAACACGCGUUCUGCGGAGUGGGAACCACCCACGCAUAUAGCAAACUAA